GCGCGGGCUCAGGUCACGUGGCCGCAAUGGCGCAGCGGUUCUGGGUGCUGAGGUGCUGCUCSUGCCGCCGCUUCCAGGGGCAGCAGGCCAAGCGCAGCGGGCGGUGGAGCUGCAGCGUGUGCGGCCAGCGGCAGGCCGUGCAGAAGGUUUAUGGCCAGGGCUCGGGCCUGGAGUGCAGGCGCCACGUGCAGAAGCUGAAUYUGCUGCAGGGUGAAGCGGAGGAGGCGCUUGGUUGGACAUCUUGGUAUGCAGAAGACUCUGUAAAUGACAGCAAAAAUAAAGCAGCACAGCGUGAGGACAGCUCAGUCCAGCAGGAGGGAAGGAAAGAAGGCAGUCGCUGGAGUAAAUAUCUGGGCCAGGAGAGUGAGGAUCAGGAAGGCAACGAAGAGGAGGCAGCUYUAGAAAGGCAACAGUUCUGUUCCCAGAGAGAGAACACUGUGGGAGAACAAAGGAAACAUCAGAAGCACUUCCUCUCCAGUGAUGUGCCAGAACAUGUAGAAGAAAGUGGGGUUUCUCAGCUUUUCUACCAAGCCAAAAAGCUUAAGAAAUGCUUUGUAGCAGUGCCUGAUGGAGAURGUGGUUCUGGAGGCAGUGUSGUUCCUGCUGUCUGUGAGUCUGCAGUGCCAGAGGARAAUACACAGCCCCCAACUACCAAACCAUCUAAGUGGGACAAAUUUCUCUCAUCAUCUGACAACUCCAGUGAAAAUGCUGCUGCAGCAACCAUGGCCCUGCAGGAGGGCAGUGGAGGUGUGGGGCYGGACAGCACCACGGCUAGCGGGGCCUGGAGGUGCUCAGGACAGGCUGGAAGGACUCUGCCCCAGAGUAUAGGGUUUGGAUUUAAAAAGUAUGUUGCUGGCACUGAGAGACUGGCCUCCAAACUGCCCAGCACCAGUGGCUCAGUUGAGGAUGGGUGCAGAGAACCUCAGAGCCAGCUUCUAAGGGCAGGAUCUGGUGCAGAGACCGUUGCAGGACAGUGCUGUUCAGAUACCACUGGGAGGGCAAAGACUCUUGUUAACUCUAACCCUGGCCCAAAGCUGAGCAACAUCUCUUGUGCACAACUCUUCUGCACAGGUGAGGAGUUUGAUGAUGAUCUCUGAGUUCAGGCAGGCUUUGGCAGCUGUUUCUUGCCUSUAAUGCAUCUGAUAAUGUUGUGUACUGAAGCAACGUUUUGAACUGAAGGUGGUUUCACUCAAAUCCACAGAAAUUGCACUAUUAAAGUUGUUUACUUGCCUCAUAGUUGUGUUUGGGGRGAAGAGGGAAGAGACAGUAACCUGAGAGCAACAGUGUUGUCUAGCAACCUCAGCAGCUAGAAAUGGGAAUGGAAGUAGGUUAGCGUGGAGAGAGAAAGCUCCCAGGCUUCAAGGAUUCCUGGCCAGUACGAUUAAAUUCUGUGACUGACUCCUUACAAACUACAACUCUUUGUCCCUGUACUGCAUCCUUUUUAAAAUCUCCCAUAGCAACYCUUUCUUCCAGAGCUGCAAGGAAGCUCCAGAGGCAGCAAAGCAUGCAGUUUCUCUUUUUAAGUGUAGCCCUAAGUGCACACCAAAGUACUUGCAAAAAGGCAGUCUUAGGCUGCUUCGUGAUACUAGCCUAGACCAGUAAAUACCAUAGCUGAAAUGCUCACACAGACACAUCACAUGCAGUAGUAUUUAUUUUUCCUCCAUUCUACAAGCAUUUAAGAACAUGAGAAAGAAAUCCAUAGUAGGAAGAAAGAUGAACCAACAAUAACUUGUGCUGCAUUAUCUUCUUUCAGCUAGAAAAGAGCUUUUUGUUACUACUACAAGUGGGGGGGCUGCUUAGAAUACUGRAUGGCAUCGAGUGCUGCCCCAAUGUCGCAGUUCUUGGUCUGCAGGAGCCGAGUGAGCCAUCCGCCCUCAUCAGAGAAGCCCAUGGARAGCAUCUGGGACAGGGACUCGAUGAGGCGAGGGUCUGCUUCUGUGAAAAGAAGAAUAAACUAGUUUAGAGUUCAGCUAUUUCAUGUAAUUGGCAAACCAGGCRAGGCUCUAAUACCACUGUCAGAGAUAAGAAUAGUGAGUCAGGCUCAGCYGGUCGUACUCUGAACCUCAGUGCUGCUGCUCCAAGUUAAAAGACCUUGGAUACUGUUACUGCCUCCCACCASAAAAUGCUGCCCUAAAGCCACAGGAUGUACUGCUCCAUAUCCUGCAUUAAAAGACCUCUUGAGCAGUACACAGCAAGGACACGAUUGAGAACGGCUCCUUUUUCAUGUUGCUCAAAUGGCACAUUAGCCUAAGGUCAGAUGUCUGGUUAAGACUUAGCUGCCCACAUGCAAGAGAGGACCCAUCUGAUCAUGUCUAACAGAGUGCAAGARCUGCCAAACCUGCCGAAGUCAGGGGCAGGUUUAGCUGUAACUUACACGACCUUGGUUCUGUCACCUCUAGAACAAGUCUGCUUGUGUCAGGCCAAGUUGGCCGUUGCCAAGUCAAAGUUACCAUCAGCUAUGAAAYCUGCACGCACUCUUACCUGGGGGAAGGUGGGGGUAGAGGGCAGCUUCUCGCAGGCCCGUAGGUCCUGGUGGGGGAGGAUCCCGAGGCACAUCCAGGGAGCUGGGACCGUCUGUGUCUGGCAUCUGCAGAGACUGCAGUUCACCUGUGGAAGGAUCCACUUCYUUGGACGAUAAGUGGGUCCAGUCCUCCUCACCCCCUGAUGAACUGCUAGACUCACUGUGUUCCUGAAAUGGAAAGAAAAAAAUGUAUAGGUAGGAUGCACACUUCUACUGUCUGUCUUUAAUAUAAGGAAUUGCAUCCACAAGAAGUCCCACACCUUUGCAGUAAACUUCUAGAGAGGCUGUAUAUUAUUUAAUCUGCUCUCAUCUUAAUAUUCACUCCCACACUGCAUGCUAAAUGAUUAUAUUCCAUURUUGUCACAGUUCCUGUACCUGGGAGUGGAAACCGCCAUCUUCCAUUUGUGUGGGCACAGGAUCUAUCACCAUGUCUUGUAUCUGUUCUGCAACGACAUUUACUUGUGUAGCAGAGUCUGUGUUAUUCCAGUCUGCUUUGGUCUGACCGUUCUGGGUUGGAGCACUGUUGGUUGCCUCAGCAUUGGUCUUCUCUUGGUUGGUAGAAGUGGGAGUCACUUUGCUUCUCUGUCCUCCAUGUUCCACAUCAAUAUCAACUUCAAUACCUAGAAAUUAUUUAAGGUGGACAAASUCUUACAGAUUUUUGCAAAGCACAAUCCUAAACGAUCCUAAAUCAAUCAAUCCUGCUCUACACCCUAAAGGUUUUUAUCAUCCUACAGUUUGCCACCCAACAUGCAGGAAUUAAAA